GUCAGAACUGUACAAUAACCUGCCAGUGCUAAGAGUUUAUUAUUCAACAAAACAGCUGAAUUCAACACAUUUUAUUUGCGGGAAAAAACUCUGUUUAAUGAAUGCCAUGCCGAAAGCUGCUUUUAAAUCACUGCACAGCAAGAUGCUUACAUUUCUAUUUCUCAUAGGAUGCAUUUUAAUGAUUACAGGGCAACCUACAGCAACAGAAACUUCAACAAUACCAACAAUUCCAGCAUCAUCAUUUGCUUCCACAGAAUCAAUAUCAAACAACCCAGAAACAGCAAUUGUAACAAUCUCUGAAUCUCCAGAAACUUCAGCAAUACAAUCAUUUGAAGAAUCAACAACUACUUUAACAGAAUCAACAUCAAAUCAGUUAUUAAUAUCAACUACCGCACAAACUGUAUCAACCUUUGAAUAUCCAGAAACUUCAGCUACACAAACAAUUCUAGCAUCAUCAUCUGCUUCCACAGAAUCAAUGACAGAAACUUUAUCAACCUCUGAAAUUCCAGAAACAUCAGCAACACAAACAAUUACAGCAUCAACAUCUACUUCAACAGACUCUACUACAGAAAUAUUAUCGAUUUCAGAUACUCUAGAAACUUCAGCCAUUUCUGAAUCUCCAGAAACAUCAACACCAACGAAAAAAAUUCCAACAACACCUACUUCCCUGGAAUUAACUACAUCUCUGUCAUCAACAUCACCCACUCCAGAAAUGUUUUCAAUCUCUGAAUCUCCAGAAACUUCAGCUACAGAAACAAUUACAGCAUCAACGUCUCCUUCACCAGAUUUAACCACAAAUCUAUUAGCAAAAUCACACACUCCAGCAAGUUUAUCAACCUCUGAAUCUACAGAAACUUCAGCAACUCAAGCAUUAACAGCAUCAACAUCUACUUCAACAGAUUCAACAAUAAAUCUAUCAUCAAACUCAGACACUCCAGAAACUUUAUCAACCUCUGAUUCUUCAGAAACUUCAGAUACACAAACAAUUACAACAUCAACAUCUACUUCAACAGACUCUACUACAGAAAUAUUAUCGAUUUCAGAUACUCUAGAAACUUCAGCCAUUUCUAAAUCUCCAGAAACAUCAACACAAACAAUUACAGCAUCGACAUCUACAUCACCAAAAUUAACUACAGAAAUAUUAGCAUCAACCACUCUAGAAAUGUCAUCCACCUCUGAAUUUCCAGAAACAUCAGCAACACAAACAAUUACAACAUCAACAUCUACUUCGCUAAAAUUAACAACAGAUCUAUCAAUAUCGAACACUCCAGAAUCUUUAUCAACCUUUGAAUCUUCAGAAACUUCAGCUACACAAACAAUUACAGACUCAACAUCUACUUUACCACAUUUACCCACAAAUCUAUUAUCAACAUCACACACUCCAGCAACUUUAUCAACCUCUGCAUCUCCAGAAACUUCAACACAAGCAUUUACAGCAUCACCUGUUUCCACAGAAUCAACUAAAGAUCUAUCAUCAACAUCAGCCACUCCAGAAAUGUUAUCAACCUUUGAAUCUCCAGAAACAUAUGCUACACAAACAAUUACAGCAUUAACUUCUACUUCACCAGAUUUAACCGCAAAUCUACUAACAUCAACCAAUCCCCUAACUUUAUCAACCUCUGAAUCUCCAGAAACUUCAGCAUCACAAGCAUUUACAGCAUUAACUUCUACUUCACCAAAAUCCACUACACAUAUAGCAUCUAAAUCCAGCGCUCCAGAAACCUUGUCAACCUCUGAAUAUCCAGAAACUUCAGCUACG